AUGGAGAACCAACAGCAGCAAGAUAAUAGCCCGCCUAAUGACGGUAGUCGGUCCAAUAACGACGAUGGUAGAAAUGCUACUGCUGGCAACACUGAAAAUAGUGACAAUAAUGUUCCAAGAAGUAAUGUAACGGUUCGUAUUCAGUACCAAUACUUCACACCACAGGGUCUUGCAGACGCCAGUAAUGGUACUGUCGACCCUGCGGCUACUCAAGAUGGUGGUAAUGGUAGUCAGGCUCAUGUUCAAGGGAGUAAUACACUUCCUUUACCAGCAGGUGUUAAUGGCCUACCGGCUGCCAUGCCGUUUGGUAAUGCCGUAGAUAGUCCUGAUCUAAUAUUAUCAUUUCAAGAUGUGCCUUUGACAUCUCCCGAUAGACUAAAUUCAUUUAUCACAAUUGCUGCAGAGCUUGCUAUGCGGAGAUUUCAGAAUAUGUUGAAUAGACCGAAAGGCAUUACUAAUGAGGCAUUCAAAGAACUACCGGUGAUAAAGAUUGAAGAGUUGCCAGACAAGACUGAGACAACUUGUAGUAUAUGCUAUGAUAAAUUUGUGGAUGAACCGGAAGAUACAGCAGAAAACUCUAAGAAAAGAAAACACGAAUCGAAUAGUAAUGAGGAUAGUAUGGAUGAUAUUACAGGGGAAGGCAAAUUACCGAGAACUGGCUCUAAUACACCCUCUUCAUUGAUGGCUGCGACAGGAAUAAGUGACAAUAAUAAUGAACGUACAACUAUAUCUUCAAUAUUGAAUCCCCAGUCGGAAUCAGAUAGUUCUCAAAGCCAUGAAAGUACCCAUAAUGCCUUUAUUGAGAAUACUGAAGGACAAGAUCAAGCGCAAGCCACUCAAGAACAAAACCCGGAGUACUUACAUUCACCAGUAAAAAUACCUUGUGGACAUAUUUUUGGCAGAAGCUGUCUUUAUGAAUGGACUAGGUUAGAAAACUCAUGUCCACUUUGUAGAAAAAAAAUUGCCGAGCAGACUGAAGAAGAAGAGCAAAGGGAAAAUAACGAAAAUACAAGUAAUAUGGAAGCAUUUGAAGCUAUCCGUCGUAUGCUAUAUAAUACAACAGGUCAAGGCAAUGCCACAGAAGGUCAGAAUAAUAAUAACCCAAACGAGGCAAAUGGACAGGUGGGUGUCAAUAGUGAUGCUACUUCGGAUGGAGCUGCUAAUCAGAAUAAUAUUUCACAAGCUACGGAAAACUCAACGCAAGGUGGUGUUAAUUUACAAACGGGUGAACUUAAUGACGCCAAUUCCACAAACUCCACCACAAACUCCCCAAACAAUAAUAAUGUAACUGUUUCUAGAACAAGCAUAAUUUUUUUGAGGCCAAUGAAUCCAGGUGAAGCACCCCAAGGAAGUCAAAAUGUGAACACUCAAGCGUUAGGAAAUAGCAUUCCAUUUCCUCCAUCGCCAGGGCUGGGUACAACUGAUCCAGCCCAAAACGCAAAUGGUGCACAACCACCACGUCCACUCACAUUUAGAACACCGAUGCAAAUACAAUGGUUACCUAUCACAUUCAUAAACCCGGGCUUAGCUAAUGGUGAGCAAGGUCCACCAGAGCAAAACAGCAGACUUAGAUCACUGUUUGAUCAAAUUUUCAGCACAUCCGGCAGUGCAGGUACAGUUGAUGAUGCUCCAAAUAGUAGAAGCAAUUCUAGUUCCGAAAAUAAUGAUGCCUCUGGCUCUAGUACGGCGGGGUCUAACGAGGUCGAUCAAUCCACAGCUAACCCAGACCGUGUCACCUCUCCUAGACGUUCCUUUUUCAAUGCUAUGAGCAGGUUUGCAGAUCGUUUGAGACCUUCAGGGAGAUCCAAUGCCAAUCAAGCUUUUACAGGUUCAUCCAAUGCAGAGCAUGCUAACGAUAACCAGUCUGGUAAUGGUACGUCUGGCUCAAGAUUAAGGGAUACCAUAGCUCGUGCAUUGAAGGAAAGAAGACAAAGACAAGAGACAGAGAGACAGCAAGCUGGUGAACUGUUUGCUAGUGGUGUGGGUAGUUAUAGAAACCCAACUGGUAAUGUUGUCACUUUCCCUAUAAAUUCAGAAGCAAGUUUCAACCAGGGCGCUUCAACUUCAAAUGAACCGAUUGAAGGUUCCACAAACCAAACAGAAAAUGAUCAAGAUAGUAAUGGCAACAAUGACAGAGACGAUCAAGCAAAUUGA